CGUCCGAAAAUAGUUGACAAACAAUUUGUGGUGUUUACAAAAAUAUAAUAUUAUUUAUUGUAUUAAUAUGUCGAAAGUGAUAGAGAUUUCUGAUUCCGAAGAGGAGUCAGAAAGAAUUGAAAGUGAUCCUCUAGGGAACGCCAGCUCUAUUUUGACUACGCCAAACAAUGUUUGCAAUACCAAAGAUUCGUAUUUGCAGGAAGUUUUGCCACGGGAAACUAUACCUUCUUGCAGUAACUCUCCUCCUCCUUUAGUAAUUUCGGACGUUUCGUCCUUAAAUAUCUUACAGGGUCCAACGACAGCAACUAUACAAAGUAACCCGUCUGCAAGUACUAGUGCCGCCAGUACUACAGCCGCAGCUAGCACUUUAAAUGCAGCUCUUCCACUACAAACUAAACGCAGUCGUCGCAAAAGUAUCCAUCAUCCUCUGUGUGCAAGCCCGGAAAUACAAUUUGAGACAAUAUCUCUGGAUGAUGAGGAAGAUAAGGCGCCAUCGAAGACCAAAAACAAAACAAAUGCUAUCAGCGAUAGUAUACAACAGAAUAAGGCGCCAAAAUUACAGAAAAUUGCACCGAAAAUACUUAAUACUAAGCCACAAGCAGAUAAAAAUAAGGACGAUUUACCUGAUGUUUGUGCCGAGUUUCUUGCGUCAGAUGAAACUAAAGCAUUACUACAACAAAUAGCAGAAGAUCGUGUUCGCAUAAAUUUUCUACUGGCAUCAUAUAAUAUGCCAGAAAUACAAUUUGCCUUGCAUACAAAGCCGGAUGUUUUGCAAUUUCAAUUAGAGGAGCGAAUAAAACAUAGAAAAAGACGGUCACUUGAAUCUUCAAAGCAAAUGAAAAAACGACGAAGUUUGUUACAAACUAACACACGCACGGACACUUAAACGAACCUGAUGUUUUUAAUAUUCAUAAAUAUUUUGAUACGUAAUUAUGUAGAGGUCUUCAUAUUGCAUAUAUUGUUUUAAGAUUGUAUUUAAGUAUGCAAGAAUAUUAAGUUAAUUAAUAAUAAGUAAGCAAAACUGAUAUAGUGGAAGAAGAAAUUUUACAAUAAUGGAAGCUGCUGGCAAAUAUUAUGUUAAUGAUUGUAAUUAAAAAUAAAGAACAAAUUGUAAGUAUAA